CAUACAUAUACACACAGUCAGUCGAAGUUGUAAGUCCGUGAAGAACAGAACACAGAAUGCAAAGUCCCCGUCUAUGGAAUAUAAAGCGGGCUUCCGUCCUCCUCAGCGUCGCCCUACUGCUCUAUGUGUUCGUUUUCUCCAGCGGCUAUCAGAAAUACCAGAUCGAGGGCAUUAUCCGGAGCCAACCGGAAAAGGUCUGGGAAUAUGUGGCGGAUUUCAACAAGAUGCGGCUGCUAAACCCCACGAUCUUAAAUUUCAAGAUCCUAGCCGAUCACGGACAUGCCCACGACUGGCGCUAUACGGUGCAGUACACUGAAAAACUCUCCCACUGGCCGUAUUGGCAAAAUACGGCUACGGCCAAGUACGUGGUUACCAAGACAAUGCCCGGAGUGACUCCGGUGGCCUAUGCCAUUAGAUCCACCCAUGAGACCUGCUUCUUUAAGGGAUUCUACUGCUUACAAUCCCUUAGCGAGUUUAUUUUCAGAAACUCAAAUGGUGAAACCCUCGCCCAAGAGAAUAUUCAGUACCAGUGUCCACCACUUUUGGGCAGCAUGUGCAGGCGUGAAAUAGAGUUCCAGCGCCAGGCGGUGAUGCAUAACUUAACUAUCAUAUUUGGCAAGCAACGAGUAUAAAAUGUUGGCCAAUUAUCUGCCAAACUAAAUUCAUUUUAUACCAAAAUAAUUUCUUAAUGAAACACAAAUAUUUGAUUGAAUUUAAACCCUUAAAUAUACAAUAGUUUAUUUCUUAUAAAAAUGUCUUGAAGAUAACAAAAUAAUGUAUUUAUCCAAAAAAAAUAUAAAAAAAUAAUGGCGGGCACAUACUAAACAAUAAUAAAC